AUGGUCAAGAUUCUUGCUGUCCUCUACACUGCCGGCAAGUACGGUGACGCGCAGCCUCGUCUGCUCGGCACUGUCGAAAACAAGCUUGGCAUUGCCGACUGGCUCAAGGAACAGGGCCACGAGCUCAUCGUCACCGCCGACAAAGACUCGCCCGACUCCGAGUUCCGCAAGCACGUCAAGGACGCCGAGAUCGUCAUCACCACCCCCUUCCACCCCGCCUACCUCACCAAAGAGGUGCUCGAGUCCGCCAAGAACCUCAAGUGCUGCAUCACCGCCGGUGUUGGUUCCGACCACGUUGACCUUGAUGUUGCCAACCAGAAGAAGAUCUCGGUCUACGAGGUCACAGGCUCCAACGUCGUCUCGGUUGCUGAACACGCCGUCAUGACCAUCCUUGUGCUCGUCCGCAACUUCGUCCCCGCCAACCGUCAGUACCUCGAGGGUGACUGGAACGUCGCCGAGGUCGCUCGUGAAUCUUACGAUCUCGAAAACAAGGUCGUCGGUACACUCGGAUCCGGCCGCAUCGGCACCCGUAUCUUGCAGCGAUUGAAGCCCUUCGACUGCGCCAAGCUCACCUACUACGACUACCAGCGCAACGAGACCCUCGAGAAGGAGACCGGCGCCGUCCGCGUCGAGGACCUCAAGCAAUUCCUGUCGGAGCUCGACGUCCUCACCAUCAACUGCCCCCUUUACGAAGGUACUAAGGGUCUCAUCGACGCUGAGAAGAUCAGCUGGAUGAAGAAGGGCGCUUGGAUUGUCAACACCGCUCGUGGUGCCAUCGUCAACGCUGAGGAUAUCGCCGCCGCUCUCAAGAGCGGCCAUCUUCGAGGCUACGGAGGUGACGUCACAAACCAACAACCUCCCGCGGCCGACCACCCCUGGUUCCACAUGAGUGCCAAUCACAACGGUAUUCCUUACAAACAUGGUAAGGCCGGUGUGGCAAUGACUCCUCAUAUUUCUGGUACCUCCAUCGAUGCUCAGGAGCGAUACGCCGCUGGUGUCAAGGAGAUCCUCUCGAACUACUUCAGUGGCAAGCAGCAAACUCCCGCAAACAUCAUUGUCGAGGGAGGCUCGUACGCCACGAAAGCUUACGGUCAGCGCAAGUAG